AUGAAAAUAAAUAAUUUAUUAUUUUUGAUUGUAAUAAUAUUAAUUAGUUGUAGUUCUGUUUUAUCAGAAUCUAAAAAAUUAAAAAAAUAUGUUGAAAAGUAUGAUCCAAGCUAUAAAUGGACUUUAAACGCCACAUAUGAUAUAAAUUAUGCAAAGGUUUAUGUUUUAGAAUUAGCAUCACAACAAUGGAUGAGUGGUCAUACAGAUAAACCAAUUUGGAAACAUUGGUUAACAAUUUGUAAACCAAAUAACUAUUCAUCAAAUCAUCAAACUGGUUUGUUGUUUGUAAAUAAUGGUAAUAAUAUUAAUUGGGCAGUACCAACAAUUAAUAAAUUAGAUUCAUUUGGAGGAAUGUUAUGUAAUGCAUCAGGUGAAAUUACAGCUACACUUCUUCAAGUACCAAAUCAAUAUAUAAUUUUUGAAAAUGAUGGUGUUCAAAGAUCAGAGGAUGAUAUUGUAGCAUACACAUGGCGUAAAUUUAUGGAUACUAAAGAUCCAACAUGGCUUAGUUUACUUCCACAAACCAAAUCAGCAACAAAAGCAAUGGAUGCAAUUCAAGAGUUUGGUAAAACAAUCACUGGUAAUUACACAAUUAAAAAGUUUAUUGUAACUGGUGCUUCUAAACGUGGUUGGACAGCAUGGGGUGCAGCUAUGGUAGAUAAACGUGUUAUUGGUAUUGCACCAAUGGUUAUUCCAAUUUUAAAUCUUGUUGAAAAUAUUGAAGCACAAGUUGAAGCAUAUGGAAAUUGGUCAUUUGCUCUUAAAGAUUAUGUUAAUCAUAAUAUUACAAAUUUCCUUUACACCAAAUACUUUAAAAAGGUUACAAAGAUUAUUGAUCCAAUUAAUUAUUUAAAUACAUUAAAACCAAUUGCUAAAUUUAUUUUACUUGGUACAUCUGAUGAAUUUUUCCUUUUCGAUCAAACUAAAUCAUUCUUUCAUUUAUUAAAAGGUGAGACAAAAUUAGGUAUUUAUCCAAAUACAAACCAUGGUGGAAUUUUACAACAAAGUUGUGCUACUGAUAUUGCAAACUUUUUCAAAUUGGUUGCAAAUGGAAUUGAACGUCCAGAAAUCACAUGGAACAUUGCUUACUCUGAUUGUAAAAACUAUGGCACAAUCAAUCUUAAAGUUACCAAAGGUGUUGCAACUAAAGUAUUAUUAUGGUCAGCAACUACUAUUUCAUCAACUAAAAGAGAUUUCCGUAUGUUUACUUGUAAUGCUGCUGAAUGUUACCAAAAUAUUAAAUGGACAUCACAAGAAAUUAAUUUAUCAUCAUCCAAUAACUAUUCACACACAAUGUUAAAACCAACAUCAGGUUGGAGUGGCUUUUUCUUCCAAGUUAUAUUCUCAAAUGGUGCUUCCUAUACUUCAGAAGGUGCAGUUGUACCAGACGUAUAUCCAUUCCCAAAAUGUACAAUGGAAGUAUGUGGCUCAGGUAAACCAUCAUGGGUGAAAUCAAAUCAAAACCAAAACAAUGAUUCAGAUAAUGAAGAUGACUAUGAAGACAUUGAAGAUGAAAUUGAAGAAGAUUUUUAA